CUGGCCCAGGACCCAAAUUUUGCAUCGCGGGCAAGAGGGCUGUGGUCCAGCGCAGCUCUGAAGCGGCGCGUUUGAGAGCCGCCGCUCCUGCGCUGAGGGGGAACAGCAGCCGAGUCUGUUGUCUGGUCGCCCUGGCUGUUCUGCAGGCCCCAGACUAAGGCUCCUUUCAUGCCUCAGCGCGCUGCCCCGCUUGCCCUGUGCACCCCCCCCCCCCCCCCUCGCCCCUCUCUACCUGUAACACUGGCGUCCCUGUUCCUUCCCAGCCUCGGCGGGGAGGGCAGGGCCUGCUGCACUGAGUCAGCUCUCUGGGCCUGGGAAUUGCUAGCGCAGGCAUAGAGAGAGCCAUUGUCCCUCCACAGCCUCCUCUCCGCGAUCGCUGCGGGGGAGCAGAGCUGAUUCCCCUCCCGUGGCAGCGCGGAGGAGGCCGGCGGGGUAACGCCACGCACGCUCACGCUGAGCGGAGCCGGCUGGCGUUCGGUCCCUGUCAGGUUGAAGGGAGCCGUGGCCCGUGGGUGUAGCGACCGACCCUGCUGCUUCCAGCUGACUUCUGCGAAAGCGAACGUCGUUUCUGCGCCCUCUUCCCAGCCAGAGGGCUGCUGCGAUCAACUGGGGUUACUUACUAUGGGCAGCUUCAGCCCCGGGUGCCUGCACUGAGCCCUGUUCUUGCAUCCUGCAGCACCCCGGCAGCCUGCGAUGACGCCUGUGCCGCAGGAGAGAUUUUGCCUUCCCCUUGUGCUGGCUUCCCUCCCUACGAUGGCUACUGGUGAAGAGAUCUCCCCUGCCCUGCAGGACUCGUGGGGGGACUUCUGGCUCUUCCGUUUCUUUGUUAAUGCUGCUGGCUACGCGAGUAUUGUGGUGCCGGGAUUCCUCCUCAUCCAGUACUUUAAGAAAAGGAAUUACCUGGAGACAGGUCGAGGCAUUUGCUUCCCUGUCAUCAAAUCGUGCGUGUUCGGCUCGGAGGUGAAGUCUGUACACCAGGAGGAUGGCUCCCUGCCACCCCGAGGGGAGCCCACGGAGUCCUCUACAGCCCGACAGGUUUUCAAGCUGCUCUUCUGUGCUGCUGGUCUGCAGGCCUCCUACCUCACCUGGGGCGUCCUCCAGGAGCGCGUGAUGACGAGGACAUACGGUGCCACCGAAACGGACCCUGGUGAGAAGUUCAAGGACUCCCAGUUCCUAGUGUUCAUGAACCGCAUCCUGGCCUUCACGGUGGCUGGUCUGUACUGCGCCCUGACCAAGCAGCCGCGUCACGGGGCCCCUAUGUACAAAUACUCCUUUGCCUCCCUCUCCAACAUCCUCAGCAGCUGGUGCCAGUACGAGGCACUCAAAUACAUCAGCUUCCCCACCCAAGUGCUGGCCAAGGCCUCCAAAGUGAUCCCAGUGAUGAUGAUGGGCAAACUGGUCUCGCGCAAGAGUUAUGAGUACUGGGAGUACCUGACUGCUGCCCUCAUCUCCGUGGGGGUCAGCAUGUUCCUGCUCUCCAGUGCUCCCAACAGGCACGUGUCCACCGUCACCACCUUCUCAGGCGUAGUCCUCCUGGCCGGCUACAUAAUCUUCGACAGCUUCACCUCCAACUGGCAGGACGCCCUCUUCACCUACAAGAUGUCUCCCGUGCAGAUGAUGUUCGGCGUCAACGUCUUCUCCUGCCUUUUCACGGUGGGCUCGCUCUUGGAGCAGGGUGCCUUGCUGGAGUCGGUACGCUUCAUGGCCCGGCACUCCGAGUUCACGGCCCAUGCCGUGCUGCUCUCGGUGUGCUCUGCCUGCGGCCAGCUCUUCAUCUUCUACACCAUCAACCAGUUCGGGGCAGCCGUCUUCACCAUCAUCAUGACGCUCCGCCAGGCCUUUGCCAUCCUCCUCUCCUGCCUCAUCUACGGGCACUCCGUCACUGUCGUGGGCGGGCUGGGCAUAGCUGUUGUCUUCAUGGCCCUCUUCCUCCGCGUCUACGCCCGCAGCCGCAUGAAGAAGCGCAGUAAGAAGCUCCCGCCAGGCGAGACCCCUGUACAAAAGGUCUAAGGAGCUGGGGCCAUGGCAUUUAGGCUGUCCUGCCUCCGCUCGGGGGUACUUGCUUGAUUUCUCAGAUCCCGCUGAGGAGCAGGGUGGGGUGUGGAUAGGCUGGACCAGUGACUCAAUUUUCCACCUGCUUUUUUCCGGGGAAGGGGCUGGAACAAGCCCAGGAAAAUGUUCUGGGCUGCCACAGCUCCAAACCUUUCCAUUUGCCUUAAUGGAUCAAAGACUUCCAGCCAAGGCACGGGCCCGGGGGCUCGCAUCCUGGGGGAAGACCAGCGUGCGGCUGCUGGUGGUACUGCCCCGCCUCUGUCUUGUGGCUUGUCUCCAAAGUCACUGACGAACAAGGGAGCUCUUUCCCCUGGCACCGUCAUGCCUCUGGCUAAUGCUCCUCCAUUUCUGUCACUGCUACAGAGCCCAGCAGGAGGAAGGGGCAAGUGAAACACUAGCUUGCUUUUUGAAAUGCCUCCGUGUGAGGCAAGUCCUAAGCUGAGCCUGUCCCAAGGCAGGGGAGCUCCCAGCCCCCUUCCCAGGAGGUGCUCCAGGUAGGACAGGCACAGCUAAGGGGAGGACUCCCAGCCUGUCCUACCCCGGGCCUGGUACCUGCUCUGGGAGGACACUCUGCAGUGAAAGCCAGUUCCUCCCAGUUUGGUUUCAUCAGUUCCUUGUCCCUGCUCUGAGAUACCUUUUUUUGUGCCCCUCAGCCCAGACUGAUUUUUAUGCAGUGACUGAGGCUGGCCAGUACAGUUCCCACAGCUUGCUGAGUUGUUCUAGGUUGCUUUUCGGUUACAUCCGCUGCUGUCACAGGCCAAAGGCUGCGCUGCCCAGAAGCCCCAGCAUCGCCUCGGGGUGUCUCAGUGCCACGGGUUCUGGGCUUUGCAGUUGCCAUUCAGAGAAGCACAAACAGCCCCUCUUCUUCCUGCCAGCUGGAGGCAUCAGCCCCAGCUUUCCUGGGGCCUGGCCAGAGACCCACUGUGCCUGGAGAGCCGAAAGAUGGGGCAGAGCCCGCUUGCGGUGCCUUGUUCCUGCUCCCCAGGCAGCAGGGGAUGGAGCAGUGAAAGCUGCUCUUCCCUGGGAGCCUGGGUUUUACUGGUUAACCCUUUUCUCCUCAACACAACCUGACUGACAAGCCAGCAGGUUUUGGUACUUUUGAAAGGCAACUUUUUUCUCUUUUUAUUUUAUUAAAUUAAAAAUAUGCUGCAUAUAGUGCCCUGAGGGUAAA